AUGAAGACAGGCGCGACCCCUGAGUCGAAAGGGCACAACAUGAACUACGACACAGACGAUACUAUCACGGUGGAACGUAAUAUGGAGCCCGAACAAGGCUCCAUCAAACGGAAUCCCUCCAAUUUCGAGCCAGAUGAGAAGCAAGACGUAUCUCCAUACCCACCACCAAAGGCUUUCCCUCAUGAAGUCGCCUUUGUGAUUGUUGUCUGCGCCGCGCAGCUCAUGACACAAGCUGGUCUGGCAUUGUCGAUUGCACCCCUGAAACAGAUCAGCGAUAGCUUCAACAGCACUCCGCAACAAUUGACUUGGGCUUCGUCAGCAUACAGCUUGACAGUUGGUACAUUCAUCCUGGUAUCAGGCAGGCUGGGUGACGUAUAUGGUCACCGGUUGAUGUUUAUGAUUGGAUUUGUAUGGUUUGCAGUUUGGUCUCUUCUGGCAGGCUUCUCUGUGUGGUCCAAUCCCAGGUUUUUCGAUUGCUGCCGUGCCUUCCAGGGUAUUGGUCCUGCAUUUCUUCUUCCCAAUGCUGUUGCGAUUCUGGGAAGGACCUACCCGCCAGGUGAGCGAAAGGGCAUGGUGUUCUGUAUGUUCGGAGCUGUCGCGCCAGGAGGAUUCAUCAUUGGCGCAACACUAUCGUCACUGAUUGCUGAAGAGCUGUGGUGGCCCUGGGCAUAUUGGAUCUUCGCAAUUGCUUGCGUUGUCUUUGCUGUGCUUGGGUUCCUGGUGAUCCCUCCUAUGCCACAAGAAAAGCCGCGGCCUGAACUUUCCACUUUUGCCCGUCUGGAUGGACUUGGAGCUUCACUUGGAGUUUCGGGCAUGAUUCUGUUCAAUUUUGCAUGGAAUCAGGCUGCUACUGUUGGAUGGCAAGUUCCGUAUAAUUAUGUCCUGCUGAUUGUGGGAAUCCUGAUUAUCGGUGCUUUCCUGUAUGUGGAGAGCAAGGCUGCCUACCCACUUCUGCCCCGUUCGGUCUUCAAAGGCGAGACUGGCUGGGUUCUUGGCUGUGUUUGUGCGGGCUGGUCUUCAUUCGGUGUUGUUGUGUUUUACUUUUACGCUGUGAUGACCAACAUCGAAUCGAACACUGGGCUUCUUGUGACAGCCAAGUUUUCAGGUGUUGCAAUUUCGGGUGCCAUUGCGGCUGUGUGUACUGGCAUACUCCUUGGACGCCUCCCAGCAUGUGUGAUAAUGUUUAUCGCCAUGGUGGCUUUCGCUAUAGGCCAAGCUUUGUUGGUUUCGCUGCCCAUUGGCCAGAUUUACUGGGCCAAUGCCUUCUUGAUCUCAAUUAUCACACCCUGGGGAAUGGAUAUGUCCUUCCCGUCGGGUAUCUUGAUUUUGAGCAAUGCCAUGCCAGCGGAGGAUCAAGGUGUAGCAGGUUCCCUCGUCACCACGGCCGUAAAUUACUCGAUCUCCUUGGGAUUGGGUUUCGCUGGAGUGGUGGAAAGCUAUGUCAAUGAUGACGGCCAAGAUAUUCUCAAAGGAUACCGUGGAGCUUCAUAUAUGGGACUUGGCUUGGCAGGAUUGGGUGUGAUUGUUGCAACCAGUUUUAUGAUUGUGACUUGGACAAAGUCUCGUUGA